CUCUAAGAUGGCGGCGUCCGUCACGGCCGGCGGGCAGGCAAUAGAAAGCCAGCUGAAGAUCUGUGGCUAUAAGAACAGUGUGGAUGUCGUAGCACUGUAUCUGGCUAGACAAGGACUAAGAAGUAUUCCAAGUCUAGCACAGUUUCGCAGAUUAAGGUAUUUGUGGAUUAACAACAAUAAGAUCCAAGAUUUAACCUUCUUGACCAAAAACUAUUACUUGACUGAACUCUAUCUCAACAAUAAUGAGCUGACAGAUAUAUCAGGUGCUCUGAAACACUUAUGUUCAUUACAGAUUCUAUUUCUUCACAACAAUGAGUUAAGAAAACUUGGCAAAACCGUGAAGGAAUUGAAAGGAAUGAUAAGCUUGCAAACUCUAAACCUAUUCCAAAACCCUCUGGCAUAUGAUCCAGACUACCGGCUUUAUGUGAUAUACUUCCUUCCUUCAGUUCAGCUCCUUGACAGGAAGUUGGUUACACAAAGAGAAAGAGAGUCAGCGCUUCACCUCUAUAACCCUAAAAGGGCUUGGGUCAUGCAGUCAAUAGCUUUUGGGAAGAGAGCAGAUACAUCCCUGGGGACAACAGUGGGAUCUAGCAGAUGCACUCAACCAGUCAGAAGACCGAUAAUCCCCUCAGGUCAUGAAUUCGGAAAUAGCACAAAUAAAGUACCAUUUGAGGACCCUGAAGAUGCAGUUUUAGUAAGGGCAACGACAAGAUCUCUAAUGGAAUUUUCCUCUGUGGACUGGAACAAAGUAGCCACUUGUCAAGAAAGGCGGCUUAAAAACAAAGCAGAGGAGCCCCUUGAGAAGCUGACAGUCCAGUUUAGAUGAGAAAAAAACCAAUUUCUCUCUCUACUGUUAACCCCACAUGUAGGUUAACAGCUCAAUAAAACAAGUACAUAACAACAUACAUCUAAUUAAGUGAAUUUCCAGAAAAAAAAGUUAGUGUAAGAUUUCUUUUAUCAUAUGUAGUAUGGAGAGUGAAGAAAUUAAGAUAACAAAUGAUAAAUAGUGGCAAUGUUAUAAUAAAAGUUGCUUGAAAUUAAAUUCUUACCAUACUUUUGUUAUCCAAAUGUACUGAACUGCACACUAAUUUUUAUGAAACUAAGGAUAAAUACUUUUAUUUCUCAAAAUAGAUUUCCUCACAUAUUUCUCCUUCCAUUCUGUCAAGGCUUAAAGUCAGUGAUGCUUUCUAAACAUAUCAAAGCCUUUCUUUCAGGUUGUAGUUUGUCUUCUGAGCUCCUUGUCUCCUAAGUUAGCAUAGAACCACAGGACAGUCUAUGUUGGCAGGGAUCUCUGGAGCUUAUCUAGUCCAACCUUCCUGUUGGAAGCAGGUCAGAGAUGAGGUUUUCCGGUGGCCUGUCAGGGGGAAUUCAAAGACUUCCAAUGAGCAGGGUACCACCACUGGGAGAAUGAAAGCAGGAUUGGUGCUAGGGAUUUUAGCACACUUCCAAAACCCUGACUCUUUUGCCCUGAAGGGAUUGCAUUUUCAGAGAAUCCUUGAACAAGUUCUGUGAGCCCCCAGUGCUAUGAGUGGGAGGCAACAGCACUUCUGCAUUCCCAAACCUCAGAGUGGAGGGUGACUACAGCAUGA